CCUACCUCGCCUUCCUUUUUCAGCUUUCCAGCUGUUGGGGGCGGGAGGGGGGGAGAGGGAGGGGAAGGCCGGUACCCACGCAGCUCCAGAGAACUGGGGGAAAAGAGGGUGGUGCGAAUAAAGACGCAUCGGUUGGGGCCAUGGCCACCUUUACACGGGAAGAGUUUUAUCAGCAACUGUUGAGCAGUUGUAUGCUGCCAACUGCUCAGCAGGGUUUUGAACAGGUCUGGACUCUGCUGCUCUUGUGUCUAGCUUGCCGUCUCCUAUGGAGGUUAUCUCUGCCAUCCUAUGUUAAGCACCUGAGCACCGUCGCUAGUGGCUUCUAUGCCCUCUACCACUUUUUUCAGCUGCAGAUGGUGUGGGUUGUGCUCCUCAGCCUCUUGUGCUACCUGGUUUUAUUCCUGUGUCGCCACUCAACCCAGCGUGGAGUUCUGCUCUCCAUCACCAUCCUCAUCUAUUUGCUUAUGGGGGGCCCAGAUGAUUGUGGCAAUGAAGGCUGUGUCAUUGGGCUUUGAUCUGGACCGGGGCGAGGUACCAACCAUUCCAUCCCCAGUUGAGUUCAUGGGAUAUAUCUACUUUGUCGGAACUGUUAUUUUUGGACCCUGGUUCCGCUUUCGCACCUAUCUGCAGGCCGUAGAGAGCAGGAAAAUAACUUUCUCCUGGUUUCAGAAGGUCUUUCUGAGCUUUUUCCUCUGCCUUGUGUGCCUCAUCAUGUCUACCUGCGUGGCUCCCUAUCUCUUCUCAUACUUCAUACCCCUCUACAGCUACAGGCAACUCAGGAAGGACCUGACAGUGUCUCAUCCUCUGAAGGUGGAGUUGCCACGUUCUAUGGUGGAAGUGGUAACCGGCUGGAACCUGCCUAUGUCACGAUGGCUAAACUCCUAUGUCUUUAAGAACUCCUUGAAACUGGGGACCUUCUCAGCCAUCAUUGUGACCUAUGCAGCUAGUGCCCUUUUACAUGUAAGUAUCCCUUUAUAAACUCCUUCCCAUAUUCCAUUUCUGCAUCUUUUGCAGCAUGAACAAAUCUUUAAAAGUCUGAGUGCCAAUCCUUAAAUGUUAU